AUGAAAGGGUGGGGUGGGAGUGCAAAAAGGCAUCGGUUGACUUUGUUUCUCCACAAAGGUGCGUUCGAUGUUUGUUUGAUUCAAGAAACUAAAAAAGCUAAUAUAGAUGAUUUUAUGAUCCAAUACUUAUGGGGUUAUAAGGAUGUUAAUUGGGUGGUGAAAGAACCUGAUGGCCUAUCUGGUGUUUCUCAGGUGAUGGGUUUUUUGGGUAUUAGUGUGGACCGGGAGGGCUAUGUGUUGCAUAUUGUCAAUGUUUAUUCACCGUGCAUUUUUUCUGGCAAGAAAAAGUUGUGGAAUAAUUUGUUGAACCUUAAACAACAAAAUAGUGUUGGGGAGUGGUGUGUGGAAGGAGAUGUCAAUGCCAUUUUACUUCCUAAAGAACGAAUAGGAAGCAGUUCAUUUAGUAGACAAAAUGAAAGAAUUUCGUUUAAUCGUUUUGUGGAGGAGAUGAAGUUGAUAGAUGUUCCGGUACUAGGAAAGAAGUUUUCUUGGUUUAGUGCUGAUGGCAAAUCUAUGAGUCAGAUAGAUAGAUUUUUACUGUCUGACGGUCUCUUUUCAAAGUAUGGUAUCUCUGAUCAAUGGAUAGGAGAUCGAGAUAUAUCUGAUCACUGUCCAAUUUGUUCGAUAGUUACGACAAAAAAUUGGGGGCCUAAACCUUUCAGGGUGAUCAAUGGUUGCUUGUGA